AUGCCGUACGUCGGUGUGGGAGCGCAAAAAGCUUCCACAAACUUGACGGGAGGUCCAAUGAUGAAAGCUUAUGCUUUUGUUCUCGCUUUUUUCCUUCUUGGGUUAGGCGUCCUUGCUCUUGGAAAACAUCACUCUGGACGACGAUUCAACCAGUAUAGCAAAGUUUCAAUUGAUGAUAUUCAUGAAACCGAUGCGAAAACAAUUCAAGACAACAUUAAAUCCGAAAACAUCAAGAAAUACCUCCGCAUCUUCACACAAGAACCCCAUAUUGCCGGAACCGAUGCUAAUAAAAAAGUAGCAUAUGCUAUUGCUAGUGCUUGGACGGAAGCAGGUCUGGAAGAUGUACACACCUUGCCCUAUGAAGUGUUGUUAUCUUAUCCAGACUUUGAGAAUCCUAAUUCGGUUGUUAUACAAAAUUCAGCCGGGAAAGAAAUUUUCCGGAGUAAAGGAGUCAGUCCAGUUAUCAUCCCCGAUGAACAAUCAGGAAAAUACGCGGGGCAUCAAUGGUUGGCGUAUGGGGGUAAUGGCACAGUUUCUGCCGACGUCGUCUAUAUCAAUAGAGGAAACGCGAACGAUUUCAAAAACCUGAAGUUGAUGGGUGUCGAUGUGAAGGGUAAAAUUGCAUUGAUGAGAUACGGUCAUGGUUUUCGAGGUGACAAAGUGUACAAAGCACAACAAGCUGGUGCAAUUGGAGCGAUUCUGUUUUCUGACACUUCAGAUGUUGCCCAAGACGGUGUUGAUUCCGAGCAUGUUUAUCCAAAAACCAUCUGGAUGCCAAACGAAGGCGUUCAAAGAGGAUCAUUGAUGCAUGGUGAUGGAGAUCCACUCUCUCCUUUUUAUCCUUCAAAGAAAGAACUCUUCAAAGGAAGAACUAUUGAAGAAGCAAAAGACGAUGGAACGCUUCCUUCUAUUCCAGUACUUCCGGUAUCGUACACCACAGCCCUCCAGUUGUUGAAAAGAAUGUCGGGUCGUGCAGUUCCCUCGGAUUGGCAAGGAUUUGUCGGAGGGAAUCUCACAUAUAAACUUGGUCCGGGCUUUGUGAAUGGCGAGAAAUUGACAAUAAAUGUGCACAGUGAGCUGAAGACCAAACGAAUUCGAAAUGUGAUUGGAUACAUCCGGGGUGCAGAAGAGCCCGAUCGUUAUAUUAUGCUCGGAAACCAUUUCGAUGCGUGGGUGUACGGAUCAAUUGACCCCAAUUCUGGAACAGCUGUUUUAGCCGAAGUAGCAAGAGCAAUGAUGCAAACCAUUAAUGAAACUUCUUGGAGACCUGCACGUACCAUUGUGUUUAACGCAUGGGAUGCGGAAGAGUUUGGUCUAAUUGGUUCGACUGAAUUCGUUGAAGAAUUUGUUGAUGUUCUGCAAAAACGUGCUGUAGUUUAUAUCAACAUGGAUUGUAUUCAAGGGAACGCAAGUUUACAUGUCGACACAGUUCCCACUCUGGAGCAUAUCGCGAUUGAAGCAGCAAAACACGUUCCAAAUCCUUCGAAACGAGAAAGAUCACGGGGAAGAAACACAGUGUACGAUACUUGGAUGAAAGUUUUCCCUGAAAAGAAAGCGGGUCGUCCAAAAAUUCGUGUUCCUGGAGGUGGAUCUGACCAUGCACCGUUUUUGAACUUUGCUGGUGUUCCUGUCAUUAACUUCAACUACAAAAAUUACACUACUUUCGAUACUUACCCAUUGUAUCAUAGUAUGUACGAGACACCAUUCACAAACAUCCAUCUGAUGGAUACCGAGGACCUUGCAGUACACAGAGCAAUUGGUCAGUAUUGGGCAGAAUUAGCGAAGACGUUUGCGGAUGAGGUUGUUCUUCCAAUGAACACAACAAACUUAGCCUCUGUUAUGAUAAAAAGCUAUCUCCCCCAAUUGAAAGCUUCGAUUUCAGGAAUUAACGUUUCUAGAAUUGAUUUUGAAAGUAUUCGCACACAAUAUGCGCUUUUGUCCAAAAGUUCUCAAGACUUGCUAGUAAUGUCGAAGAAAUUUCAAGAAACGAUGCAGUUCACUUUUCACAGCUUUUCUCAGAACCCAUAUGAUGCAAAACAUGUCAAUGCUGUCAACGAGAGACUAAUCAGCACUGAAAGAUGUUUUAUCAAUCCACGAGGGGUAUCCAAACACAAUCCUUCCGCAAGACAUGUUUUGUUCUCGGUCAGUGAUUCGGACUCUUACUCAAACUCUCUGAUGGCUGGAAUUCAAAAUGCGAUUCAUAGCUACGAGACAUCCCCAUCAAAGAAAAAUCUGCGAGAAAUCAUCAACCAAAUUUCAACUGUUCAAUACUCGGUGAUAUGUGUUGUCAAUACUCUCAGAGAUGUGAUUUGA